AUGGCUGCAAACUCCAAUAAUUAUUCGGUUCGAGACAUUAUUCUAAGAUAUGAAUCGGAAGAAGAUGAAUUCGUUCGAGAGCUUGAGCAAAUGGUCACACAAGAAAACAUCGAAGACUCGAUAAAUGACGAUGAUGGCCCUCCAAUUUUAUCUGUGGUGUGCAGCCUCGCCGAGGAAAUCGGACUAUUAAGGUCUGAAAAUCGGCGUCUGAAAUCCAAACUAGCAGCUCCUGCGCCAAGAUCAAAAAAUGUCGUCCAACGUAUGUCGGCCAUGUUUGAGAAUCGCGGUUCCGGCAUCUUCCCACGCCUUCGCCGAAUCAAUCGAUCGUCAGAAUCCAUCGAGGUCCGAACCGGCGCCAGAGAAAGGCUAUCCACACCACCAAGGAAGGAGCCGAACAGCGCAACGUCCACAGAUGAUUCCUAUGCGAGAGGGAUUCCGCCGAUUGUGAGACCUGAGCUGAGCGAUAGUGACACUGAUGAGCAAAUGUUUAACAUGCAGAUUAGUAGAAGUCGUGAUAGUACUAGAAGAUGCGAUUCGGUUCGCCGUCCGAAUGAUCAUUCGACCUCGGCGUGCACAUCACCGUCGUCGGCGUCGUCUUCUCGAGACCAUUCGGAAACAAUGACAACUAGUCGGUCGUCAUUUUUGGAUCUUUUCGGAUUUCGGCGUCGAUCCUCACUCAUUCCACAAUCCUACUCGAAAACGACGACGACGACGACGAAGCAGAUUGUGAAGAAGCGCCGUCGGAAGUUUAGCGGAAAUGAUUCGGAAUCGAGCGGAAUGUAUAUCAAUCUCGAUGAUGAUGAUCAUCGUUCGAGACUUCCCGCGAAGCCGCCUCGUCCAGCUUCGUACUAUCGUCGCGAUGACAGUGAGGAUUCUGAUUGCCUACGACAAUCACGCCAGAGAAAAUCGACAUCAUUUUUGAAUGUUAGUCAUUAUGAUCGAUCAAACGAUUCACUGUUUCGUGUCGAUCGCGAGACCCAAAUGCAACACGAAAAAGACAAUUUGCUCGCCGAAAUCGAAGAGUUGAAGAUGAGAAAUCAGGGGCUCGUCGAGCAGCUUCGAGAAAAAAGCCAACAGCAGAGCAAACUACAGUGUCAGCUGCAUAAGGCUGAAAUGCACGCGAACACGCUCAGUCGACGAUGCGCUCUAUCGGAAGCGCUCGAGCGGCUCACCAUCGAUGAGCGAAUCGAGAAGUCGGCGACAAGUGCUUUAAAGAAGAUUGAGGAGCGAUUGCGCAUAUUUGAGAAUCAAAUGCAGAACGCGAAACUUGAAGCGGCCAAUGCCCAUCAAAUGGCCGUCAAUUCGAAUUGCAAUGAACGAAUCGCUCAUCAAAAUUGCCUUGAUAAACUCGAGAAUCUUCAACGCGAACAUCUUCGCUUCAUCCAUUCGAGCCUUCUGGAGAUUGGCACCGAUGAAGCGAACCUUAAAAGGAGGCUUGACAACCUUCCGACAUAUGAAGCAUUGUACGCAUUCACACAUUCUGUGGUUCGACGCCUCAACGAAUCGCGUUGGGCGAUGAUUGAGAAGGCCAAUGAGGCGAGUCGCGCCCAAAUGGACCUCAUUGCUACUCAAACAUCGUUGCUAGUAACGCAUGCUCAAAUGGAGAGGCUUCGGAUUGCUCUCGGGAUCAAGGGCCGACGUCAGAGGAGGCCCGUCUCGUUCCACGGUCAAGAUUGUUUUGAUCGUGGAGUGAGGCACGAGCUCAAUUUCUAUUUGCCGUUCAAACUUCAAGGCUCGCGUGUCGAGAAUCAUCGUCGAACGUUCGGCAAGAGUGGCGGUGAAUUGAAGAAUGAGCGCAACAUUGAGGAGGAAUUUUUGAAGUUGUUCGCUUACACGAAAGCUGACGACACGCCGGAGAUACCACGAGAGAAGGCGGGUAUUCGUGCGGUGUCGAGAAUUGAAAGUAUGAUGCGUGAAAUGAACACGGGCGGUGUGGCGUCGUCAAAUCGGCCGAUGCGCCGUCCCAGUGUCACCAGAGAUCGGAAGGAGUCGUCGAAUCGAAGGCCGAUUAGUCUGGUGGAGACCGAGGAGCGCCGAAUUCGAAGGAAUGAGGAAACUCGGCGAAGCAUCAAAUACAUGAAAACCAAUAGUAUUGAUCAUACAAGGCUUGAAGAAAUGCAGCCGUCGAAUAUGAUAUCCGAGCAGGAUCCGCGCGGAACGCCGCUCAUGUCGCGAAGGAUCGUCAUUCCGCAGAAUAAUAAUAAUAAUGCUUAUGACAUCGUCCCCGAGAAUUGUCAAGUCGGACGAGUUCGGAAGCUUGAGAGAGCGUUUAGCACGGAGAGCAGAAAUACGUCGGAUUCGAUGCCCAAUCGUGACACGCGGGCGUCGAAAAUUCAAAGAUCACAACCGGUUAGCCGGAUUCGACCACCGAAUAUUACGAGAUUCCGAACUAUGGAGGGUCAGCCAUCGAGCUCGGCGAUCUCCUACAAUCGACCAUCUCGGACACUGGAGCCGUCGAAUCGGAUAGCGUCGCCGGAGAACUCGCGAAUCCCGACACCGUCGAUUCGUCAUAGCGGCGUCGAGAAGAAGAGCUGGAUCGAUCGGCUCAAAGCCAUCGGAAGGCCAUAA